GCCCCGCCCACCUGAACUGCAGCCAAUAGAGGAGCAGCUCUGAGUUGCUCCAGAGAAAACACACAAACAAGCCUCUUCCUUCAGACACACACUUUCCUCUGAGACACUUUGGACUCUUUGGAUCUGCUCAGGACUCUGGACUGAGCAUGGAUCAGAGAGAGCAGAGAGAGGACGCAGACCCUCCCACCACCAGCAGGGCGGCGCUGGGAAGUGAACACGCUAUUGAACAUUAUAUCGAUUUUAAAAAGGAGCUUGUUCCACAAAUUCACCAGAAACAUCCUCCAUCUGAACCUGGUCCCAGCUGUGAGUCCCUCAGGAGUGACCAAUCGAUGGCACCUCCCAUUGUUUUUGCCACAGAGCCAGUGGAGCAGACGGGUCCAGAGGUCUCCAGUGGUCAGCACCAUCACACACAGCUGGACUCCAUAUUUAAGCUUCUGGAGGAGGACAUCUUCACUUUUGUCCAGAAGAAGCUGAAGAAGCUCCACAAGGUUCUGAGUACAGAUUACCCAGAAUGCUUAGAGACUAUGCAGGAUGAGGAUGAAGAGCAGAGGAGCAGCAGUGAGGCUGUUCUGAAGAUCACACUGAACUUCCUGAGGAGGAUGAAGCAGAAGGAGCUGGCUGAGCGUCUGUGGAGCAGGAGUUAUUCUGGAGUUUGUGGACGUAAACUGAAGUCUAACCUGCAGCAGAAGUUUGAGUGUGUGUUUGAGGGCAUCACUAAAGCAGGAACCCCCACCCUUCUGAAUCAGAUCUACACAGAACUCUACAUCACAGAGGGAGGGUCUUCAGAGGUCAACCAGGAACAUGAGGUCAGACACAUGGAAACAACUUCCAGGAAACCAGGCCCAGCAGAAACAACCAUCACAUGUGAAGACAUGUUUAAAGGCCCAGCUCACACACAUGGACCAAUCAGAACAGUGCUGACAAAGGGAGUGGCUGGCAUCGGGAAAACAGUGCUCACUCAGAAGUUCACUCUGGACUGGGCUGAAGGCAAAGCCAACCAGGACAUACAGCUGCUGUUCCCGUUCACUUUCAGAUCACUCAAUGUGCUGAAGGAGAGAAGCUUCAGCUUGGUGACACUUGUUCAUCACUUCUUUAGUCAAACACAAGCAGAACUCUGCAGCUUUGAAGACCUCCAGGUGCUCUUCAUCUUUGACGGUCUGGACGAGUGCAGACCUCCUCUGGACUUCACCAAAACCAAGGCCCUGACCGACCCCACAGAGUCCGCCUCAGUGCACGUGCUGCUGGUGAACCUCAUCAGGGGGAGCCUGCUUCCCUCCGCUCGCCUCUGGAUAACCACACGACCUGCAGCGGCCAAUCAGAUCCCUGCUGAGUGUAUCUCCAUGGUGACAGAGGUCAGAGGGUUCACAGACCCACAGAAGGAGCGGUACUUCAGGAAGAGGUUCAGAGACGAGACUGACACAAUCAUCUCCCACAUCAAGACGUCCAGAAGCCUCCACAUCAUGUGCUACAUGCCGAUCUUCUGCUGGAUCACUGCCACAGUCCUGGAACAUGUGUUGAAAAGCAGAAAGAGAGGAGAGCUGCCCAAGACCCUGACUCAGAUGUACAUCCACUUCCUGGUGGUUCAGGCCAAAGUCAAAAACAUCAAGUAUGAAGAAAGAUCUGAGACAGACCCACACUGGAGUCCAGAGACCAGGGAGAUGGUGAAGUCUCUGGGAAAACUGGCCUUUGAGCAGCUGCAGAAAGGAAACCUGAUCUUCUAUGAGAGUGACCUGAGCGAGUGUGGACUGGACGCUGCAGCAGCCUCAGUGUACUCCGGAGUGUUCACACAGGUCUUUAGAGAGGAGACAGGCCUGUACCAGGACAAGGUCUACUGCUUCAUCCAUCUGAGUGUGCAGGAGUUUCUGGCUGCUCUUCACGUCCAUCAGACCUUCAUCAACACUGGGAUCAACCUGCUGAACCCACCACAGUCCUCUGAGUGCCCUGACACUGAAGCCUUCUACUGCUCUGCUGUGGACCAGGCCUUACAGAGUCCAAAUGGACACCUGGACCUGCUCCUUCGCUUCCUCCUGGGACUUUCACAUUUGACCAAUCAGAGCCUUCUACAAGGUCUGCUGACACAGAGAAGAAGUAGCUCCCAGACCAAUCAGAAAACAGCUGAGUACAUCAAGAAGAAGCUGAGUGAGGAUGUGUCUGUAGAGAGGAGCAUCAACCUGCUCCACUGUCUGAAUGAACUGAAUGAUCGUUCUCUGGUUGAGCAGAUUCAGUGGUACCUGAAAUCAGGACGUCUGUCUGAAGGUGGACUGUCUCCUGCUCAGUGGUCAGCUCUGGCCUUCAUCUUAUUGUCAUCAGAAGAAGAUCUGGAGCAGUUUGAUCUGAAGAAGUACUCUGCUUCAGAGGAGGCUCUCCUGAGGCUGCUACCAGUGGUCAAGGCCUCCAAAAAAGCUCUACUGAGCAGCUGUAACCUGUCAGAGAGAAGUUGUGAAGCUCUGUCCUCAGUCCUCAGCUCCCAGUCCUCUAGUCUGACAGUCCUGGACCUCAGUCAGAAUGACCUGAAGGACUCAGGGCUGAAGAUGUUGUGUGCUGGACUGAAGAGUCCUCUCUGUAAACUGGAACAGCUCAGACUGAGCAGCUGUAACCUGUCAGAGAGAAGCUGUGAAGCUCUGUCCUCAGUCCUCAGCUCCCAGUCCUCUAGUCUGACAGUCCUGGACCUCAGUCUCAAUGACUUGAAGGACUCAUGGCUGAAGAUGUUGUGUGUUGGACUAAAGAGUCCUCACUGUAAACUGGAGCAGCUCAGACUGUCAGGUUGUCUGGUCUCGGAGGAAGGCUGUGCUUCUUUGGCCUCAGCUCUGAGGUCCAACCCCUCCCAUCUGAAAAAAUUGGACCUCAGCUACAGCCAUCCAGGAGACACAGGAGUAAAGCUCCUGUCUGCUCUACAGGAGGACCUCCACUGCACACUGGACACUCUCAGACUGGAGCCUGCUGGAGCUGUGUGGUUAACACCAGGACUCAGAAAGUAUUUCUGUGAUCUCACUCUGGAUCCAAACACAGCGGACAGAAACCUCAAACUGUCUGACAACAACAAGAAGGUGACACGUGUGAGAAAGGAGCAGCUGUAUCCAGAUCAUCAGGACAGAUUUGAUGGCUGGGCUCAGAUUCUGUGUUCCACUGGUCUGACUGGUCGCUGUUACUGGGAGGUCCAGUGGAGUGGAUUAGUUUAUAUAUCACUGUCUUACAGAGGAAUCACAAGGAAAGGACGCAGUGAUGACAGUUGGUUUGGACACAAUCAUCAGUCCUGGAGUCUGGACUGUUCUAAAAAUGGUUUCAUUGUUCGUCAUAAUAAAAAACAAACCCGUCUCCCUCAGUCCUGGUCCUCCUCUUCUGGGAGAGUAGCAGUGUUUGUGGACUGUCCUGCUGGUUCUCUGUCCUUCUACACAGUCUCCUCUGACCAACUGACCCACCUCCACACCUUCAACACCACAUUCACUCACACUCUGCUCCCUGGGUUUUGGCUCUGGUCUGAAGACUCUUCAGCAUCUCUGUGUGCUCCGACAGAGUUUGUCUCCUCAAUGUAAAAUAAUCCAAUAUUUUACAUAUAUGUUUACAUCACUGAACAAAAAAGUGUUGUGUAUGGGUUGACAGAAAAAUCCUGUAGACAUGAGCCUCACUUCAGUGUCUGGAUGAAGAUAAAUGUGUAGUGUGAGAGAUAUGUGCGGGUGUUAUAUGUGUACGGGACCAGAACUUUAUAAAAUGUCAUCAAAUAUUUGAGAAAACCCUUCUCUCUCUCUCUCUCAUCUCAUCUGACGCUCAUGUGUCCCCGAUUCAGGGACUAAAUAAUUUCAACUCAAAAUCAGGUGAAAAAACUUUUUUUUUUGUGUGUGUGUGUGUGUGUGUCUGUUAUUAAGAGAAAAAGAAACUUCAAUUCUGUCACUGGACCAAAGUUUCAGAUGCAUACAGAGAUGGAGACACAUGAGCAAGAACUAAUAAUAAAGUGUUUAAAUAGUCUGAAAACUCAAGAAAAAAUACAAGUGAUUCCUCUCUCUCUCCUCUCAUUCAGUCCAUAUUUCAUUUCUUCCAUUCCUGCUGUUUUUGCUGCUGUGUGACUGUGAGCGGGGUCGCCUCUCCACAGAUCUGACCUGUAACCUGGCCUGGUAGAGUCACCUGCUUGUUUCCAUGGGGAUGUGUAACUGUGAUGACAUACUUAGUUUUACCUGAAAAAAGUGUGUUACUGUCAGAGGAGCCAAAAACUGUCCUCAAGUAAGAGUCACGUUACUUCAAAAUAAUAUUACUCAAAUAGAAGUAGAAAGUAGAGGUCCAAGAAAUGAUCAGAAGUAUUUGGGAAAAGUACUACUCAAGUCUGAGUCACUUAUAGUGUAGCUGUGGGGACUGUUCUGGAAAUCUUUCCAUCAGUGUCUUUUCCUGGUUCUAGGUUCAUCAUAAAUGCUCCAUCAGAUGUCGACUGUUAAGUGACGUUUUCACAGCCUCUUGAUUCUUACAUCUUGGUUUUUAGAUCUCGUUUCUUGACGUCUCGUUCUAAUCUGAACUGUUCUCCCACGUACAACACUCUGUCCUUGUGUCUGUUGUUUAUAUCAAUCUGAGCUUGUUCUUCUCCUGAUUGUUGAUCCAGCCUUGUGUUGACCUGUUCUCUGAUGAGACUAGGUCUUAUCUUAUGUGUGUGUAUCAUCCCUGUGCCUUAUGCCCCCGUGGGGUAGAAAGACUCUGUCUGUAUUGUUCUGUCACAGUUUAGGACAGACGACUCUGUCAGGAACAGGGAGUUUUGGGAUU